CUAAGGGAAGACCAUCCUACACCUGGCGUCUCUCCUAGGGGACAGUGGUUUCUAGCAUUAGAAGAAGGGUCCAAACGACUGCUCUAAUCUACGACCCCUAAGAUAGACUAGCUCUGCUCCCCUGGCCCUACAGGGAAGGGCCCCCUACUCCCUGCUCCACAGAAGGGGACCCGCCCCACUCCUCUGUCCUGGAGGGAGGGCGGUGCGCACCGCAGCAGGCGCGUCGUGUGCCCGCGCUCCUCUCCCGCAGCCCUCCCGUGCGGCGUCAGGCAGAGGCGGGGUGGGGCGCGGUUAAAAGAAGCCGCAGGUGGAAACCGGGGCUCCACCUGCACUGUCCCCGAUUCUGUUCCCGAUUCUGUUCCCGCCGCGAACCGCCGGCUCCUGAUCCAACCGACGCUCAGGGCAGGAGCUCUGGGUGCCGCUGCGAGCUUGGAGCCGGCUCCCACCGAGCGGGUGACAUUCCCACUGCCACCCUAAACAGAGCAGCAGGGCAGGGCCACCACCGCUAACACUGCUGACUGCCAGAGGAGUAGAAGGGAAAGCCAGAAGUCCUUGAGGAGGGAUUUUGUAGUGGCUCUUGGCCUGGACAACGCACUGGAAGUCCUUGGGAACGAGACUCAGAAGGAGCGUGCGCAAUGGACUGGGGGACCCUGCACACUGUCAUCGGCGGCGUGAACAAGCACUCGACCAGCAUAGGGAAGGUAUGGAUCACGGUCAUCUUCAUCUUCCGAGUCAUGAUCCUCGUGGUGGCCGCCCAGGAAGUGUGGGGAGAUGAGCAGGAGGACUUCGUCUGCAACACGCUGCAGCCGGGGUGCAAGAACGUCUGCUACGACCACUUCUUCCCCGUGUCCCACAUCCGGCUCUGGGCCCUGCAGCUGAUCUUUGUGUCCACCCCAGCCCUGCUGGUGGCCAUGCACGUGGCCUACUACAGACAUGAAACUGCCCGAAAGUUUAUCCGCGGGGAGAAGAGGAACGAGUUUAAAGACCUGGAGGACAUCAAACGGCAGAAGGUGCGCAUCGAGGGCUCGCUGUGGUGGACGUACACCAGCAGCAUCUUCUUCCGCAUCAUCUUCGAAGCCGCCUUCAUGUAUGUGUUCUACUUCCUCUACAAUGGGUACCACCUGCCCUGGGUGCUGAAAUGCGGCAUUGACCCCUGCCCCAAUCUCGUGGACUGUUUCAUUUCCAGACCAACCGAGAAAACAGUGUUCACUGUUUUUAUGAUUUCCGCAUCUGUGAUUUGCAUGCUGCUCAAUGUGGCCGAGUUGUGUUACCUGCUGCUUAAGCUGUGUUUUAGGAGAUCCAAGAGAACACAGGCACAGAGAAACCACCCCAACCAUGCCCUGAAAGAGAGCAAGCAGAAUGAAAUGAAUGAGCUGAUCUCGGAUAGCGGUCAGAAUGCCAUCACCAGCUUCCCAAGUUAAGCAUUUCAAGGUCAAGCGUAGGUGAGCCCUUCUGAGUGCGCUCCCUCUUUGUAGGCAUCGAUCUGACAACUUCUCUAGGCCAAGAUGAGUCACAGCAAAUAGAUACCUGAGUUCAAUUAUUGUAGGACACCGAAUGUGGUCCAGCUCUGAAAACCAAGCCCUCGUGACAACUGGGCCUGGAAGUCACCUGGACAAGUCCUAUGUGAACUGUUGUGAUGUAGUAUUUCCUCAAAAUUUAUAUAACUUGUUUAUAAAGAGCAAUUUAUCUAGAAAUUGAUAGCUUUAUCAGUAAGAUAUUUUUAUAGGAAUGAAUAUUUUAGUUCUGACUUUGAAUUUAUAUAAAGUAUUUUUUUAAUGACCGGCCUUCUUUACCUGGAAAAAAUAAACAAAGUUAGCUUUACAAGAGCACCCCCAAGUAUCUAAAGUUUGAACUUGUAAAGGGUCUAGCAUUUUAUAAACAUUGUCUUCACACUGUCUGAGGAUGGUUUGGUGAGCUAGUGUGUGUGCCUGGGGUGGGACGUGGUCAUUGGACAACAUACAUCGCCGUUUGCUAAGUAUGAAUGGGAUGGAAGGAAGUGAGACCCUCUCUAAAAUUAGCCUUUCCACCGGUGGUGAACAGUGUAAGCACAAAUACGAUCACUCCAAUAAAGCUUGACCCUGCUGCUUCA